CUCUUCUAUACCAAAUGCAAAACACACACAAAUAAGUCCUCAACUAUUGAGUGCCCUUCUCAACACAAGCAAAAGAGAAGGUUGGUUUAAGGGGAGGAAAUGACUCCAAAAGUCUUUGGCCUUGUUCUCCUCACUCUAAAUCUCUUCUUCUUUGCCUAUGUGACCUCAAAUUGUUUGCCAUGUUCCCCUCUUACUCCUAAGGACCACCAUCAUAAGCCAAGUCCUAGUGCACCCUCUGUGUACCCCUAUUGCCCUAAGGAUACCCUAAAGCUGGCUGUUUGUGCUGAUGUGUUAGAUGGGGUGGCCCAUUUGGUCAUUGGUGGUCCAUCUUGGAAAAAGUGUUGCUCUCUUUUAGAUGGCCUUGUUGAUUUGGAUUCAGCAGUCUGCCUUUGCACUGCCCUCAAGGCAAACAUCUUGGGAAUUAAGCAUGCUAUUGAUGUGGCAUUAAGUUUAUUGGUGAACACUUGUGGGAAAAAGCUCCCCAAGGGCUUCAAAUGUGCCUAGGCAUUAUUCUUUUCUCUCUUUUUUGUUGGUUGAUUUAUUAUUUGCUUUAAUUGCUGGUAUAUCUGUAUUUGAAAGUUAUGUGGCUUUCAUCUUUGAUUUUGAAUAAAUUGACACUCUUUAAUAUUUGUGAUUGCAUGUUUUGUAGCUUUCAUCUUUGAUUAUAAAUAAAUUGGCAUUCCCAAGUUGGGGAAGGCCCAUUAGUCAUUG